GGACUGUGUUGCCACAUCUAAAAACCAAACGUGAAAGUAGGAUCAACAGAAAAUACGGUUAUAAGGAAAAUACCAUAAGUAUUUUGUUUCAUCAUGAAGAGAGGAAACAUUGAUUUAAGUAACGAACUGCCCAUAAACGUUAUUUCGAGUGUAAUGAACUGCAUAUCAUCAUCGAAUAAUUUUCGCUGGUCACCUGAAAGUAACGAUAAUUUAUCUACACCAUAUAGAGGAAUCAUGAGCAGCAAACAAAUAAUUAGUCCUGAAAUACUUUCUUUGGCUCCUCCGCUGAUGGACUUUGAAGAUGAACUGAUUUGGUUUGAUAAUGUAGGGAAGCGCAAUGAUAACAUAUUUUAUGAUAACUCCAAUUGUAUUGAUGAAUACUCUAAACAACUUGUAUCUAUGGCUUUCCAUCAGCCCUUGACACCGCACGAACAAAAAACUUUGUUGGAAGAGGUCUCGAAGCACAGGAAUUUUGUAUAUCAAAUAGGAUUAACUCCAUCAAAGUUGCCUCAGCUUGUGGAAAAUAAUCCACUAAUAUCAAUAGAAAUUUUACUACGACUAAUGAAGACGGUGGAAAUAACGGAAUAUUUUAACGUUUUGGUACAAAUGGAUAUAACAUUGCAUUCAAUGGAAGUAGUUAACAGGCUUACCACUUCUGUGGACUUACCUACAGAGUUUAUACAUUUGUAUAUUAGCAACUGCAUAUCUACAUGUGAAACUGUUAAGGACAAAUACAUGCAAUCUCGUCUGGUGCGCCUAGUUUGUGUCUUUUUGCAGUCACUUAUAAGAAACAAAAUUAUUAAUGUAAAGGAAUUACUUAUUGAAAUCGAAGCUUUCUGUGUCGGCUUCAGUCGUAUAAAAGAGGCUGUAGGCUUAUAUCGCCUUUUGAAGAACUUGGAGCUCGGUGAUCAUGGGUCUAAUGCCAACUCCGGAAGUUUAUCAUAUUCUACAAAUAAAAGCGAGAGCAUAUCACCGAAAUGAGAAUAAAUAAUUGUUAUUGAC